GGCCUUGGGCGUCUGAACCGCGGCCGGGAGCGGCCGGGCGCGUGAGGGGCGCAGCUCGGGGCUGGCCCGGCUCGGCUCGCCCGGCCCGCGCCCUCGAGCCCGGAGCCCUCGGGAGCUCGCACAACAUGGCGGCCCCCGGCGCGCGCAGCGCCGGCCUCUCGGGCCUGCUGCCCGCGCAGACCUCGCUCGAGUACGCCCUGCUGGACGCCGUCACGCAGCAGGAGAAGGACGAGCUGGUCUACCAGUACCUGCAGAAGGUGGACGGCCGGGAGCAGGACCUAGCGGUGCCCGAGUUCCCGGAAGGAUUAGAAUGGCUGAACACAGAAGAGCCUCUUUCUAUUUACAAGGAUCUGUGUGGAAAAGUGGUUGUCCUGGAUUUCUUCACAUACUGCUGCAUUAACUGUAUUCACCUGUUGCCUGAUCUCCACGCCCUAGAGUGCAGAUUCUCCGAUCAAGAUGGUCUUCUGAUUGUCGGUGUUCACUCAGCUAAGUUUCCAAAUGAAAAGGUCCUGGACAAUAUCAAGAGUGCUAUCCUUCGAUACGACAUCACCCACCCUGUGGUUAACGACGCAGAUGCCAGCCUCUGGCAGGAGCUUGAAGUCUCCUGCUGGCCAACACUGGUCAUACUGGGACCUCGUGGAAACAUGCUGUUUUCUUUGAUUGGAGAGGGACACAAAGAUAAACUAUUUUCAUAUACUUCUAUCACUUUAAAGUAUUACAAAGACAGGGGACAGAUCAGAGAUGGAAAAAUUGGAAUAAAACUCUUCAAAGAGUCUCUGCCACCUUCACCAUUGCUGUUCCCUGGCAAAGUAGCAGCAGACCGAACUACCGGCCGACUGGUGGUGUCAGACACUGGGCACCAUAGAGUCCUGGUCAUUCAGAAAAGUGGACAGAUUCAGUACAGCAUUGGAGGACCUAAUCCUGGAAGAAAAGAUGGAAUGUUUUCAGAGUCAUCUUUUAAUUCUCCACAGGGUGUAGCUAUCGUGAAUAAUGCUAUCUAUGUGGCCGACACUGAAAACCACCUUAUAAGAAAGAUUGACCUAGAAGCCGAGACGGUGAGCACCAUAGCUGGCGUUGGCGUUCAAGGGACAGAUACAGAGGGGGGACAAAGAGGGGAGAAGCAGCCCAUCAGCUCCCCUUGGGACGUCGUGGUUGGAACCUCAGGUUCAGCGGUCCAAAGGAAUGACAUCCUGUGGAUAGCCAUGGCCGGGACUCAUCAGAUAUGGGCACUCCUUCUGGACUCUGGCACACUGCCAAAGAAAAGUGAGCUCAAAAAAGGAACCUGCCUUCGCUUUGCUGGGAGUGGAAAUGAAGAGAACCGAAACAAUGCAUAUCCUCACAAGGCGGGUUUUGCCCAACCUUCAGGUCUCUCUCUUGCCUCCGAAGAUCCCUGGAGCUGCCUCUUUGUAGCAGACAGCGAGAGCAGCACAGUGAGAACCGUCUCACUCAAAGAUGGAGCAGUGAAGCACCUUGUCGGAGGAGAACGCGACCCCAUGAAUUUAUUUGCUUUUGGUGAUAUUGAUGGAGUAGGCAUCAAUGCGAAGCUUCAGCAUCCACUUGGGGUGGCGUGGGACGAGAAGAGGAAUCUGCUCUAUGUGGCAGACUCUUAUAAUCACAAGAUUAAAGUUGUGGAUCCAAAAACAAAAGUCUGCACAACGCUAGCAGGCACCGGAGAUGCGAACAGUGCAGAGUCAGCCUUUAACGAGCCUGGAGGCUUGUGUGUCGGCGACAGUGGUCGGCUGCUGUAUGUAGCAGACACUAAUAAUCACCAGAUUAAAGUGGUGGAUCUAGAAGCAAGGACAGUGUCUGUGCUCCCGGUCUACAAGCCUGCCAGUGCCGUGGUAGACGGCCCCUUCCCUGCAGAGAAGCAGAAGACAGUACCCAAGGUGCCCAAGUCUGCCCCACACAUUCAGCUCGCCCCUGUGACUGUGUGUCCUGGCCAGACGCUGCAGCUCAAGCUCAAGCUAGACCUUCCGCCAGGAGCGAAGCUGACGGAAGGCGUCUCCAGCUGCUGGUUCCUCACCGCUGAAGGCAGUGAGUGGCUUCUUGAGGAGCAGAUCCCAUCCGGAGACAUAGAGAGCAUUUCCAGUCAACCAACGAUUGCACUGCGGAUCCCCACAGAGUGCGUGUCCCUUGAAGCUGUGGUUUCUGUCAGCGUGUUCCUCUACUACUGCAGAGCAGACAGCAGCGCUUGCAUGAUGCAGGGCGUCUUGUUCAGGCAGCCUCUGCACAUAGCCGAUGCCCAGCCAGGCUGUGUAGCUGCUGUAGAGCUCACACAUGUAUUCUAGAGAGCAGCCAGGAGCCCCACCACAGCCCCCAUCCAUCCUCUACCUGUCCUUCGGGGAAAUGUCCUGAGCAUUCUAGAAACCCAUUGCUCAGUUGUAACAACUGAUACCAAAAUAAAGUUGUGCUCCUUAUUAACAUU